AUGGACAACAAAAAGGAAAGGCUCGGCAAAACUGCAUCAUCGUCAACGGCACGUAUGGCACAACCACGAGCAACAACUAUUGAAGCAACAUCACAAUCUUCUACUGAUCGUACAUUAGAAACUUGUCUGAAUACACUAAAAAGCUUAUCUACUGAAGCCCAUCCAAAACUGGCGACAUGUAUGCUCAAAGUUGGUAAUAUUUAUCGUGACAGACACGAUUAUAAUCAUGCUCUGGAAUAUACAUUAAAAGCAUUGGAUUGUUAUGAAAAAUGUCUACCUGAAAAUCAUCCACAAAUUGCUUUAUGUUUGAAUGAAAUUGGAGGUAUUUACGAUAGUUUAACCGAUUAUAACCGUUCAUUCGAAUAUUAUGAGAGAGCAAUCAAAAUUUAUAAUAAAAUCUGUCCAAAUACACGGUUUCAAAAAGGAAAAUUAAUGGGAAAUAAUGUUCCUCGUACUACUAAGUGA